AAGCUGGUCGGCCCAUGACCACAGGCAUCACAGAUCCCAGCGAGUUCAGCCAUGAAAGUCCUGGUGGUGGUGUGCGCUGUCCUCGCCGUUGCGGCUGCCGACGAUCGCUGGCACUUCAGCGGGCCGAGCAACCUGGGACGGCCGGACGCGCUCCAAUACUGGAUGAACUUGGCUGCCCCCUACACCAAAUAUGCUGGUGGUUUCUUGAAAAACAUCCCUGGCUUCUCCCGGGGCGGUGACGGCCACCAAGCCUACGAUCAAAACGCCAAUUACGAUACCAGCUUCCCCUUCACUCCUGUCGUCGGCUCGUUUAGUUACCGGGACAUUCGCGGUGUGAACCAGACGGUCGAUUUCGUUGUGGACGAGUCUGGCUUCCACGUAUCUGGCACCAACCUGGGUGUGGAUCCCCACACGGGGGUGACCACCAGCCAUGGCGACUACCGCAAGUAGCGCGGCGCUCUCUGAGCAAGCCCGCCUAUACAACGGGGCCGCUCUGGGUAAUGGUAUAGUACCUGCCCUGCCAAGUACCUGCCCUCGGCGUCCACUGCUUCCGGCGCUCCCGUCACGUUCCAGGGCACGCACGGCCCGGAGGGCGUUUCUUACUCGUACAGCUCUAUUCACUUCCUUACCUUCGCCUGCUCUGGUAAGCAUUCUGUGCGCUGCUCACCUGCGAACAAAUGCAAAGUUUGCAUCUCUGACUCGCUCCCAUACGUUCUGGUUGUGCUCAUUUGCCGUUACACCAGAGACCUGUCGUGUUUGAUGUAUUCUCUCAGCAUGACGCCAGGGUACGUAUUUACAGCUUACCGAGCUUGGCUGGAGCGAGGGGUCUUAAGAUGUGGAUCAUGUUUGACACCAUACAAAAUAUACUAGGCA